GAAGGUAAUUUCACCUAAAAGCUAGAAACGCAGAGUAUGAAGUCCUCUUGUCUUCAGAAAAAGUUUUGAAUUUUUAAUUGUAAAAAGUGGAGAGAGAAAGCAUUUUGAGGGUCUGCUACUGUGGAGUGAAAAAUUGAAAGAGGGUUUUUAUUUGUACGCGAGAAGACGAAGAAGGACACGAAGAAACUCUCAAUAAAUUCUGAAGAAUUCAAGGUGAAGGGGAUGAUCCAACGGUUUGUGGUUCGGUUCGGUGGGGUUUUCGCGGUGCCGGAAGUAGGAUUUUCGAAUAAAUUUUGGGGUACGAGGCAUCCAAUCAUGCUGUCGGAGAGGGAGAGGUAUGCCGACUCCUCCAUUGCUGACUCCUCCAUAAGCUGCAGACGUAAUUGGGGGGGUAUCUUGAAAAAAAUCAUGAAAAAGGUACUUGUGGCUUCUUCUGGAAAACAAACGAAUAAGAGGAAAUUGAAAGUUGUAGUCGAGGAUGAAGUAGUUGAUGAUGUAGAGGAAGACCUUGAGGAUAUAAAUGAGGUCAGUGAUGGAAGUUCUGAAGAUGAUGAUUAUGAAGAAGAGGUCGAAGAAGAUGAUCCAGAAGAUGAGUUAGAAGGUGGUGAGUACGUGGAUGAGGUGGAUUACCUGCAACAUACUCGUAGCGAGCGUAAGCGGAAAGUGGUUGAGCAAGAAAAUACUCGGGCCAAUAAUAGAUUUAUUUUUGCAUUAAUAUUCAACCAACAUAUAUUAAACAGGUUUAGGGUUAAAUCCUAUUGA